AUGACUUGUGAUGAUGAUGAUGAUGAUGAUGAUGAUGAUGAUGAUGAUGAUGAUGAUGAUGAUGAUGAUGAUGAUGAUGAUGAUGAUGAUGAUGAUGAUGAUGAUGAUGAUGAUGAUGAUGAUGAUGAUGAUGAUGAUGAUGAUGAUGAUGAUGAUGAUGAUGAUGAUGAUGAUGAUGAUGAUGAUGAUGAUGAUGAUGAUGAUGAUGAUGAUGAUGAUGAUGAUGAUGAUGAUGAUGAUGAUGAUGAUGAUGAUGAUGAUGAUGAUGAUGAUGAUGAUGAUGAUGAUGAUGAUGAUGAUGAUGAUGAUGAUGAUGAUGAUGAUGAUGAUGAUGAUGAUGAUGAUGAUGAUGCUGAUGAUGAUGAUGAUGAUGAUGAUGAUGAUGAUGAUGAUGAUGAUGAUGCUGGAUAUGAUGAUGAUGCAGAUGAAGGAUGA